GAUAUGUUCAUUACCAUAUUGUAACUGGUGGGAGAGUGCAAAAAUAUGCUGUUUGGGGAUCCUACCAAUUCUCUACUCCCUACUGCACAACGGAGAGUGUGUCUGAACAACAAACACAAUGCAUGUCAUUGACUGUGAAAGAACUGUACAGAGGCCAGUAUCCCGUCACCAAGUCGCCCUUUAUUUACAUGUGCACGGUUUACAGAUUGUGAUCAGCUAGUUUGGAGUCAGUCCAUUACGUGAGGAGACUCUGUGUCUCCUGUUUAUAUCUGUCAGCCAGGGCUCCUUGAGUGGCCCUGCUUCACAGCCCCUAUCAGGGAUCUCAUAGUCAUUAGGAUCCAACUAGUUCCAGUCACUACACUAGGAAAACCAUACAGGGAACGCUUUUGAUUUUGUUGUUGGCUGACUUUUUUUUUGUUCCCCGAGGCCGACGGCUGUGCCCUGGGGCACUUGGAUGGGUGGAACGGAUUUGUGGAGGUGGAGGGUAAUCGGUUUCCGGCGGACGGGUGUUUCCGGGACACCACUGGGUGGCUGGAGGUGGCAGCAACCUGUUUCCGGCGGACGUGUGUUCCUGGGACACCGCGGUAUUAACGGUCGGCCGCGCCAUGUCUGAGAGGAGCCGGCGGCAGCUCGAGCAGGGAGCGGAGCCACCGAUAACUUUCAGCGGCAGGCAUCACGAAGCGGCAGACUUGAUCCCUCCAUCACACUUUGAGGCUCGGCGCCCUGGCUCACCAGCAGUGGACACAGACCCCUGGGCUGCUCUGUCAAAGGCUACCAAAGAUAUCUUGGAACUACGGCAAGAAAAUGAACGCCUGCGGGAGCUUCAGAGGGCUUCAAACAGAGUCAUGUUCAGAGGGCAUGCAGGGGUUGAAUCAGAAGAAGUCUGCGGCAGAGCUAGGUCCUUGGAUCAGGAGAGGACCUGCAAAUGGCCGAGAGAAGCUGGUGAGCAGGCAGAGAUAAUUUCUGAUCAGAUCCGGGAAAUUCACCGCUUGACCGGGGAGGCACGGCUGCUGAGGAACACGCUGGAGCAGCAGGCUACAGUGAUCAGAGAGAAGGAGGGCUUGGUGGCACAGCUAACCGAGCAGGUUGGGGAGCUGCGGGCAGAGCUGCGGGAACAGAGGCGGGAGGCUGGUCAAUUCCAACUGCAGUGCCAGGCUGAGGCGGACAGGGUACGGAGCCAGCACCAGCUGGAAAUCCAGCGCCUGGAAACCCAGCUGGCGCUGGGACAGGCUGCUUCAAGUGAGGAGGCAGAGCAGCUGAGGAGCGAGCUGAAAGAACUGAGGGAGCGCUAUCGCCACGAAGUGUCUGCUCUGCAAGAGGAGCUAGCCAAGCAAGCUGCAGCAAAGAGUGAGGACAACCAGCUACAGAUGGCCAGGCUGCAGGACGCUCAGUAUCAACGUGUGGCAGAGCAGAUCUUGCAGUCGGCAGAAUCCCGUGACAAGAAUUACACUGCUCUGAAGGAUAAGGUGUCAGAUUUGGAGGAGAAGUUGAGGCAGAACCGAGAGAAGGGACAGAGCGAGGCGGUACACUUCAGACAGAGGCUUGAGGCAGUCACUCAGGAGCGGGACACCUUGCAGGACGAUUUACGGAAAACAAAACAUGAAUUGGAAUCCCAAAACUCGGUGAUCAGUCAGCUUCGCACCUACAUUGGACAGCUGGUGCCAGACGAGAAGCAGCUGGAGGAGUCCCGGCAGGAGAAGGAGCAGCUAAAUAACAGGGUCCAGCAUCUGGAGAAGGAGCGAGAGACACUGAAAGCCACAGCAGAACUCCUGAAUAUACGGCUGAGAUCCCUGAAUGACAUUCUCACCAUUCAUGAGAGUGAACGCAGCAGAAAGCCUAAGCAGGAUGUCCCGGAAAGGGAGAGUGUGAAGAGGUCGCCGCUGGUCACUCGGUGGAGAGAGAAGGUGUUUGCUCUCAUGGUGCAGCUGAAAUCACAGGAAAUCAGUCACGCCAACGAUAUCAACCAGCUCCACGUCAAGAUCGCAAACCUUGAAGAAGAGCUGGGGGUGAAGGAGCAGGAACAAGCGUUGCUGUUGCACAGCUUCGAAGACAGAACAGCAGAGAUGAAUAUGCAGCGAGUACAAAACCAGGCUCUCCGAGAGGAAUUAGCCAGCGCUCAGAGCGACGCAGUGCGGUUUCAGGGGAACGCAGAGCAAGCUGAGAAUACCCUGUGUCACCUCAAAGAGGUUGUCAGCAGUUUUUACCAGAGAUUCUUGGAGCAGGAGACGGAACAAAGGAAGGCCUUGUGCCGUUUAGUGAGCCUUGGUCAGAGGGUCACCUUUGCUAACAAGCGGAUCGAUACCAUCCACGGGUUACUCGCUCGGAAGGACGCACUCUUCCGGCUGCAGCUGCAGGAGAAGAGCGGAGAUGGAGGAUCAGACACUGGCAGGUGCUCCCAUGGGGAUCUGGAGAAGGAACUGGAGCUGCUGAACAGGGAACGGGACCAGUUAGCAGCUGAGCUGAAGAAGAACUCCCAGCUGAUCGAGAAGAAGGUUACUGAGGCCAGGCUAAAAUUUGACACUGAUUUAAAGGAUCGCCUGGUAGUGAUGGGCCAGUUGGAGGAAUCUUUGACAGAGAAGACUCAGUGCCAGCAGAGACUGACCGAGACACUGAGUGAGAGUCAGAAGCAGCUUGCGGACAGUCAAGAAGCCGCAGAGAGCCUGCGGAUUGAACUGGGCCGGCAGCAGCAGAAAUAUGAACAAGCUCUCGCAGAGAAAGUGGCGGAAGCAGAGCAGCGGCUGGCCGAGCAACUGUCUGAGAUGGAGAAACGUCUCAAUGAAGCCCGGAGGGAGCACACCAAGGCUGUCGUCGCCCUCCGUCAAACUGACAGGCAGGCAGCCCGGGACAAAGAGCGAAUGCAGGCUUGUGAAAAGUUACAUGAGGGGCAGCAUCAGAGGGAAAUCCAGCAACUCAAUACCAAGUUGCGUGAACUGGAGAGGGACAGGAACCUUCUGGUGGCCACACUCAGGCAGGAAGGGUUACUCAGCCAGCUCAGGAAAAGCCGAACCGUGGCUCUCCAGUCCAUAGCCGCCCUGUCUGAUGAAGAGGAGCGAGUCAGGCCCUUACCAGACUCACAGACCUCACAAACCAGCAGCCAGGCCCAGAAGAAAGCUUCCCUUGCUGAGGUUCUCAACGAACUGGAGGUCUUGAGUGCUGCUGUGAUUGGGGAUCAAGAGGAUGGAGACACAAACGAAGAAGAGGAGAUUGAGUAAGAAAAGGAAUGUGCAGUGUACUAGUCAGCCUUGUGGAAGGAACAACAAUAUCCAGUUCAUCUCCGAUAAUUCAGUUUAAUUACAAGAAUGCAUGAAAAACAGGAAUCAGCAGUGCUCAUCCCUCUUAGUAUAGUCCAGAUUAAGGCAAAAUAUUGUGUUUGAUGGAAAUCUGAAAUAAAAACAAAAAAGAAAAUACUGGGUCAUCAGCCAUAGGUCUGGCAGCAUUUUGUGCAGAGAAAGAGGAGUUAACAUUUUCAGGUCAAGUCAGAACCGCUCUGAAGAAAGAUCAAUGACAUCAGCUUACUCCUCAGGUGUCUACCCACAGUCUCUGGAUCAUAACCAACUGAACUUUCAGCAAACUGGUCAAAGUGUAAUUGGGAAGGUGUGUAUUUGAUGUUCGCCUGUUUAAGGAAGUGAAAAUGAAUACCCAACAUUCAAUACCAAAGAGCACUGUGAAUUUUAAAUGGUUUGACUGAAUUUCAUUUUCAGUGUUUCUUUGCAGACGAGUUCUCAAAUUCUUCAGUUGUAUCCUUGUAAAGUGUACAUGGUUUAUAUUUUUUUACUGGAAAAAUGUCUUCUAUUAAGAAAUAAA